AUGUCACCAACCAGAGCGAGAGUUGGCAAUAACGCACCCAAAAAGUUUGUUGUCGACCACCGAAAAACAGACCGAGCUAGAAAGUUUAAGAAAAUAAUACAAAAAGGGAACACUCAAUACUUUGUGCAGGACUUUACAGAGGAGAUGGAAAAAAUCAAAGAAGCAGCUCUUGACAUUACACUCUAUUUCUUAAAAGAUAUGAAAGAAGAUACAGUUGCUAAUACUCUACAAGAUGAACUGGUCCUCAUUUAUCAGAGAAAGCUCAAAUUCAACCUGAAGAAGAAGCAUCAGUCUGUAUCUGAAGGAAUUGCAAGGCAAGGUGACUCCAAGCUUUUGAAUGACGUCUACACGGAUCUCUAUAUGACUCAGUGUGCCAGCAAACAAGUCAAUACUGAACAUGAGGUCAGACAGAUUCAGGCUGCUGCUCGGCGACAUGAAACACAAGAGAGAGACAUUGAGUGCAAAGAUUUGUUUGAAGCUCCUGAUCAAGAAAAGCAGAUCAGAACUGUACUGACAAAAGGAGUGGCUGGCAUCGGGAAAUCAGUCUCUGUGCAAAAGUUUAUUAUAGACUGGUCUGAAGGCAAUGAAAAUCAAGAUAUCAGUUUUAUAUUUCUUCUUGCAUUUCGAGAAAUGAACGUAAAGGAGAAGGAUAAACAAAGCUUAAUGAGUCUUAUAUGUCAGUUUUUCCCAGAGAUAAAAGGACUGAAUCUCACAAGAAGUGACAAAUUUAAAAUCUUGUUCAUCCUUGAUGGAUUGGAUGAAUGUCGUCUUCCUCUGAACUUUGAUGGUAAUGAGAUGUGGCGUGAUGUUUCAUCACCAGCCUCUCUAGAUGUUCUCCUGACGAACCUCAUCAAGGGAAAUCUGCUUCCUUCUGCUCUCAUCUGGAUUACCAGCAGACCAGCAGCUGCCAUUAGGAUCCCCCCUGAAUUUGUUGACCGAGUGACAGAAAUACAAGGAUUUAACGAUGCACAAAAGAAGGAGAAUUACUUCAGAAAACGAUUCACAGAUGAGAAUUUGGCCAAUGAAAUCAUUGCUCAUGUUAAACAAUCCAAGAGUCUCUUUAUCAUGUGCUACAUCCCAGUCUUCUGCUGGAUUUCAGCCACUGUUCUCCAGAACAUUUUACAGGAGAAGAAAAAUAAUGAUGUGAAACACAAUCAGGCUGAUGAGGCAUCCAAAACACUCCAGGAAUCAAACCCUGAAGACACUCCCAAGACUCUGACACAAAUGUACACACACUUUCUGCGCUUUCAGAUUCUGCACAGCAGACGAAAGUAUGAAGGAAAAUACACACCAGAUGUUUCCUGGAAUACAGAAGCCAUGCUAUCACUGGAACUGGCAUUUCAUCAUCUGGAGAGAAACAAACUGCUCUUCUAUGAAAAGGACCUGGAAGACUGUGGAAUUGAUGUAUCUGAAGCGUCAGUGUUCUCCGGCAUGUGUACCCAGAUCUUUAAGGAGAAAACCGGGAUCAUUCUUGGAACAACAUUUUGCUUUGUUCACUUGAGCAUUCAAGAGUUUAUCGCAGCUCUUUAUGCACAACUGUUUCUAGACAACAAGAAGAAAAAUGUGUUCAUGGAUGAGUCUACAGAGCUGGAAAACAGAAAUGAGUCCAUGAUUGAUUUGCUGAAGACUGCAGUGGACAAGGCACUUGAGAGUGACACUGGACAUCUGGACCUUUUCGUUCGCUUCCUUCUUGGUAUGUCACUCAAAAAUAAUCGACCACUCUUUCAUGGCCUGUUGACAGAAAAAAAACAUGACCAGAGCACAGAAAUAGUCGAAUACAUCAAGAAGAAAUUAGAAGACAAAUUAUCUCCAGAGAGAUCCAUCAAUCUGUUCUACUGUCUGAAUGAACUGAAUGACACAACUCUGGUGAAAGCGAUUCAGACUCAGUUAAGCCAAGGAAGUCUCUCCUCUAAUGAUCUUUCACCUGCCCAGUGGUCUGCUGUGGCCUUUGUGUUGUUGACUUCAGAUGAGGAGAUGGAGGAGUUUGAGCUUCAGAAAUUCAAGAAAUCAGACGAGUGUCUCUUUAGACUGCUGGAAGUGGUCAAAACUCUAAAAGAGCUUUGUAAAAGAAGACUGCUGAAUAAUUGUGAGCUGACAGAGAAAAGCUGUUCAGUUCUAGCCACUGUUCUUUCAUCCAAAACCAUCCUGAAAGAGAUGAACCUGAACAACAGUCGUCUGCUGGACUCAGGAGUCAGAGAGAUCUGUGAGGGACUGAAGAAUCCUGUGUGUGAGCUAAAGAUCCUCAAACUUUCAGACUGCAGUAUCAGUGAAGAAGGUUAUAAAGCUCUGGCUUCAGCUCUGAGAUCAAACCCUUCACACCUUAUAGAGCUGGAUCUCAGAGGAAAUGAUCCUGGACAAUCAGGAGUGAAGGAGCUCAAUGAUUUACUGCUGGAUACAAAGUGUAAAGUAAAACUGAGGUUUUUGAGUCCUGCUGCUGAUGAAUUCUGUCAGUUUGUGACUGGAAUUGUUGGUAAAAACCCAUUACUCCUGAAAGAACUGAAUCUGAGUGAUCGUCAACUAGGAGACAAACGAGUGAAUCAACUCUCUGAUCUACUGCAGGAUAAACACUGUCAGAUCAACACACUCAUGCUGAAUAAUAACAGGAUUACAGCAGAAGGUUGUGCUGCUUUGAUGUCAGCCUUUAAUUCAAACCCUUCACACUUGAAAGAGCUGAAUCUAAGUGGGAAUAGACUUGGAGACUCUGGAGUAGAGAAGAUCUGUCCACUGUUAAAAAAUCCACAGUGUAGACUGGAGAAACUGAGUCUUUCCGACUGCAAUAUCACUGGAAAAACCUAUGAAACUUUGACUUCAGUUCUGAGAUCAAACUUGUAUCUAAAAGAGCUGGAUCUCAGAGGAAAUGAUCCUGGAGAAUCAGGAAUGAAGAAGAUCGUCAAUUUGCUGAAGGAGGGAUUGUGUAAAUUACAGAACAUCCGGUUUCUGAAGAGUUCUGCUGCAGAGGACGCCUGUCAAUAUCUCACUAAAGUUCUGGGCAUAAAUCCAUUAUUACUGACAGAACUGGAUCUGAAUGAAGAUAAAUUAAAAGAUCUGGAUGGAAAGAAGCUCUCUGCCUUUUUGAUGGACUCCCACAGUAAAGUGGAGAAAAUUAAGCUGAAUAAUUGUGAAAAGCUGACAGAGAAAAGCUGUUCAGUUCUAGCUACUGUUCUCUCCUCCAAAACCAUCCUGAAAGAGAUGGACCUGAACAACAGUCGUCUGCUGGACUCAGGAGUCAGAAAGAUCUGUGAGGGAUUGAAGAAUCCUGUCUGUGAGCUGGAGAUACUCAGACUGUCAUACUGUAGUAUCACAGAAGGAGGUUAUAAAGCUCUGGCUUCAGCUCUGAGAUCAAACCCUUCACACCUGAUAGAGCUGGAGCUCAGAGGAAAUGAUCCUGGACAAUCAGGAGUGAAGGAGCUCACUGAUUUACAAAAGGGUCCGUGGUAUAAAAAAGCAUCAUUGAAAACACUGAGGUUUUUGAGUCCUGCUGCUGAUGAAGCCUGUCAGUUUGUUUCUGGAAUUGUGAGAGAAAACCCGUUACUCUUGAAAGAACUGAAUCUGAGUGAUCGUCAUCUAGGAGACACACGAAUGAAUCAACUUGCUGUCCUACUGCAGGACAAACACUGUCAACUCAAAAAACUUGAGCUACGUGGUUGUGAUCUAACAGAGGAGAGCUGUUCAGCUCUUGCUACUGUCUUGAAAUCAAACUCGAGUCUGAAAGAGCUUGACAUGAGCAACAAUAAUCUGCAGGAUUCAGGAAUAAAGAAACUCCAAAGCGGAUUGGAAAACACAAACUGCACUCUGGAGAAUCUCAGGUUAAAUGGUUGUAAGUUAACAGACGCAAGCUGUUCAGCUCUGGCAACAAUUCUGGGAUCAGAAAACAAUCUGAUAGAGCUUGACAUGAGCAACAAUAAUCUACAGGAUUCAGGAGUGAAGCAGCUCUCUGAUGGACUGAAGAAUGCAAAUUGUAAUUUGGAGAUACUGAAUCUUUCAGAUUGCGGUAUCACAGAAGGAGGUUAUAAAGCUCUGGCUUCAGCUCUGAGAUCAAACCCUUCACACCUGAUAGAGCUGGAUCUCAGAGGAAAUGAUCCUGGACAAUCCGGAGUGGAGGAGCUCAGAAAUUUAAUAGGUCGAUGCUAUAAACUGAAGACACUAAGGUUUCUUAGUUCUGCUGUAGAGGAAGUCUAUAGAUAUUUGUCUGAUGUUCUCACUGGGGACCCGUUAAUCCUGAAAGAACUGAAUCUGGGUGAACGUAAAAUAGGAGACAAUAAAGUGAGUUAUCUUGCUACUCUACUGCAGGAUAAACACUGUCAGAUCAACACACUGGUGCUGAAUAAUAACAGUAUUACAGAAAAGGGUUGUGCUAAUCUGACUUCAGCAUUUAAAUCAAACCCAUCACACCUGAGAGAACUGAACCUCAGUGAUAAUAAACUAGGAGAUUCUGGAGUGAAAAACCUCAGGGAUUUACUGAUGAAUCCACAAUUCAAGCUGGAAAAACUACAUCUGUAUAAUUGCAGUAUUACAGAAGAACAGUGUAUGAUCCUGACUUCAGCUCUGAAAUCAAACCCAUCACACCUGAGAGAACUGAACCUCAGUAGGAAUAAAAUAAAAAAUGGAGGAGUAAAUCACUUAUGUGAUGUACUGAUGGAUUCACACUGUAAACUGAAGACACUGAGAUUGGAAGCCUGUUCUCUGACAGAUGAAGGUUGUUCUGCUGUGACUUCAGCGCUGACAUCAAACCUAUCACACCUGAGAGAACUGGGACUGAGUGUGAAUGAAAUGGGAGACUCUGGAGUGAAAAACUGUAGCGAUUUACUGAUGAAGCCACAAUGCAAUCUGGAGAAACUACAUCUGUGUAAAUGCAGUAUUACAGAGGAACAGUGUGAGAUGCUAACUUCAGCUCUGAAAUCAAACCCAUCACACCUGAGAGAACUGGACCUCAGUGGAAAUCAAAUAAAAAACAAAGGAGUGAAUCUCUUAUGUGAAGUACUGAAGGAUUCACAUUGUAAACUGGAGAGAUUGGGUCUAAAUGAAUGUGGCAUCACAGAUGUUUCCACUUUUACUCGCAAUUUAAUGAACACAGAAGCACUGAAAGAGCUUGAUCUGAGCAACAAUAAAAUAGGAAAAUCAAAGAAGAAACUGAUUGAUGCGCUACAAUACUCAAACUGUAAACUGAGUCUAGACAGCAAAAGCGUGAUGGAACGUUUUAGCUCAUGGGUUACAUCCUGGUUCUAAACCUGAAAAGAAACCUGUGAACCCGUCAUCAUCAGGUGACAUGGAGGAUGAAGAAUGGUCUGCUCAGAGCUCAGAUGUGUCCUUUCUGCAGACAUCUGACUCUGAAGUAUAAAGCCCUGAUGAAAGUAAUUUGCCUGUCAAAGAAUAUGUGUGAAGUGUAUUCCUUAAAUAAGUUAUACUCAAUAUGACACUUCUGUUUUACAUUAUAUCUCCCUUACAUUGAAUAUACAAACUAUAUGUAUUUACUUUUAAACCUUAAUAGUUGUCAUGAAUGAACUAAUCAAAUUGCCUUUAAUCUUUGUAUGUGUUAGGUUGCUGUACUACAAAUUCAUCCUGUUUCAGGACGUUUUAGUCCAAAAACAGUUACUGAAAUGAAGCUUCCAAAAUGACUAAUGACAGAUUUAGUCACACUGUUAUGUAAUGACUAAUGACCGCCAGACUUACAGAAAAUCUUGAAUUUAACAAGUUUAGUGCUUUAAGCCAAAACAAAAAAAUAACUCACACUGUUUUUAUAUUCUUUAUCAUAUUGUUUUUGAGUGAUUUUUGAUUGUAUGAUGUGCCAUGAUGCUCCUGCCCUAAUUUAAUUGCCCCUUAGGGGAUUAAUAAAGUUGUUAAACUAUAACAAUGUCACACUCAAAAAUUCAUUAUAGCAAACAGUAUUUUGAAUAUGCACUUUUUAGAUAUAAAUGUACAGAAGCUGUCACAGGAGUGAUACAUUUUCAAAAGUACAUGUUUAGGACUUUUUUUGCACCUUUAUAUUUGAGAGUAUAAAAAUAUGUUCUCAAUAUGAACGUUUAUCAGUUAUGAAAACAGAUAAGCGUAGCACUUCUUACUCAUUACUUUAGGAUUUGACAACAUGUGAACAAAUUGUGAAACAUGGAAACGCUAUUUUUAAGAUACUUUUCUUAUUGCUUUUCUGAACAGUAUCUCAU